CAUGAAGCCUGUUUAAGUUUGUGCGUGACAUGCGCACAUACAACCAGCAGCAGCAGCAGCACCAGCGACCCAUUGUGCAACACCGACUCGCCGUGAGGGCAGAUACCGACUGACACGUCAACAGCCGCGGGGAUGUAAAUGAGCCUUGUCGGGCUCAGCUGGGACGGAGGGUGGCAGUUGUCAGAGAAUGCAACAGCAAGCGAGCACAGCGUCUGCGCUAGCUCACGAUUGUGCACAGAUAGGUCUUAAAUAUAAAGCGCAGAUCACUGAGUCGUGACUGUUUACUAUACUGCAAGAGGACUGCCAGAGGACUGCGUUAAACAUCCUCCAGGACCAGCAAGCAUGCCGCCGGCUCCUCAGAGCCUCCAAUCCAGCGGACUGACCCUCUCUGAAACAAGCAUUGGUUCCUUUAAGAGGAGGAAGAGGAAAUCCAUAAUAGUGACGGUGUUGCUGCUCAUCGUAUCAGUGCUCAUCCUCAUCUUCGGCCUGGCAGCGACGACCAGGACGCAGAACAUCACCGUGGGCGGCUACUACCCAGGAGUCAUUCUGGGCUUUGGCUCUUUUCUGGGAAUUAUCGGCGCUCAUUUGAUAGAGAACAAGAGGCAGAUGCUGGUGGCAUCUAUUGUCUUCAUCAGUUUUGGAGUGGUGGCAGCUUUCUGCUGUGCUAUUGUUGAUGGAGUCUUUGCUGCAAGGCACAUUGACCUCAGGCCUCUAUAUGCUGGCCGCUGUGAGUACCACUCCAGUGAGACCUCAUCUGAACGUGAUGUGCCAUGUCACACAUCAUCACGGUCACCCUGCAACCUGCGGGUGAAGAGCAACACCUGCUACUGCUGCGAUCUCUACAACUGUGGGAAAGAACAUCCUCUUAUGGGACUUCAGAAUAAAGAUGUUUUGAAAAAGUUUAGGAAAUCAUCCAUGAUUUGGAAGGCUAGCCGGGUAGAGGUGAUUGGAGGCUACCACGAGUACACGGAUGUGAGGAGCUGCCAGGACGUGGUGCACCUCUACCAUCUGUUAUGGUCCGCGACUAUCCUCAACAUCGUGGCCCUCUUCCUGGGCAUCAUUACUGCUGCAGUGCUGGGAGGCUUCAAAGACAUGACUCCCUCUGCUGCCUCAGAGAGCUCAUCAGAACCAGAGGCCAUCACAGCUCCUGUCCUGUCUGAGCCUCCUCCACCCACCACCACCCUCAACUCAUACUACAACACUGCCCCCUGCCUGCCGCCGUACACUGCCUACGACGUGCAGGGCUCCUACCUGUUCCCUGACUCGUCAGGUCUGUCAGAUGACUCCCAGUCUGGAGCCAGUCACCUGUGGCCAACUAUGGUCCCUCCGCGCUACUCACCUCCACACAACCAUCCUGAUGAAAAACCCCCACCGUACAGCCCCUAACACAGCUCAUAGCACAGAGGGCACAUCAAACAUUAAGGAGAUGUUAGAUUGCUCUUCCUCACUGUCGCUGAGGACAGAGUGAGGAAGUGGAGGAGGAGGAUGGACACAGAGCACACCAACUUUGAGUUCAGCCCAGCACAAAGAAGUGUUUGAGCACUAGUUACAUUCAUACCUGCACAUCAGUUGCGUGUGUGUGAUGUGUAAAUACACAUAAAGAGAGAGUGAUACAGCAGCCUCACAGCCAGGACUGUUAACACAUCUAUCUGCCUUAACGCAAAAUGGACUUCCAGUGCUGCAGCUCUCUGUCAGCUGGACUUAUUCUGCACCAGGUCAAAAACUCCCCUGCAGCUCCUGCUUUUUGUUACACUUCAUACUGUACAUUUUGCCCUCUGCAGGUAAUAACGUCCUCACUGUUUCUCCUUGAGGAUCUGGACUCAUUAGCAGAGCUACGAUCCUUUUACAGAGUUAGAUGAAUGCUUUCUGAAUCUGAAUCAGCUAGAAAAUGAAACACUGUAGAGGUGUAGGCUCAAGAAGUUGUUCCUUUAGCGGUAAAUCAUGUCACUGUGCAUUAUUACAAGGCAAAGUUAGCGAUAACAGAGAUACUAUAUUAUCAUAAUGUAUGUACAGCAGUAUGAUAUACAGAUGCUUUUUCAACAGUUAAGCCUAAGGUAUACAACACAUCAUGGUACCUAUUCUUCAGUUUUUGAUCAGUGUAUGGUGAACUUUGCAGAUAAAAUAAGUUAUCCAGCCUUAGAAGCUAAGUCAGGACUGUUAGCUGCAACUCCACAAACACUAUUUAUUGUAUUUCACUACGAGCUGCAAUGCAGGUCAACACAUUCUGUCUCUCUCUUUGUGAGCAGAGGUAAUGUCACAUCCAGGAGCUGAAUGUGUUUUAAUUAGUAUACUGAUUGUGAAGUCAGUGCUGGAUUCACUGACAUCAAGUUUAAAAAAAUAUCAACUGGGGAAGAAAAGUGCAAAUAAAAGAGAUCCCCCUCAGCUUUUAUCACUGCUUUUUAUAAUUUAAACGACACGUUCUCAUGGGCUGAUCGUCAGCUCCUUUUUAUUUUGCCAUUAAAACAUGGUUUGUGUAAUUAAAAUGUUUUUUUGCAUCUUUGAAAUCCAGCGGCCAGUGUGGUUCUGUGAAUGAAGUUUGUUCAACACUGUGGUCCAGGCUGAAAUAUCUCACCAAGUAGGAAGGUAAAGAUUGAAUUUUUCAGACACAUUUUCAAUCCCAGGGGAUGGAUUCUGCUGAUUGUAUUUAUCCUUAAACUUUAAUUUAAUGGCACUACAAGAAUUCAUUUUUAUGCAGAAUUGAAAUUGAAUUAAUUUCAAGAAAGAAGAUGUUUAUUUCAUUCUCCAAGAUAUCACUUUCUUUUUAAAAUCACAAGUUUAAAAAAAGUUGUUUAAUGAUCAAGAAAAUGCUUAAGUUUGAUUGUACUUUUAAAACUAAAACAAAAUCUGUUUUUAUUUCAUAUUUAACGUCAUCAUUCCAACCUGUGACAGGACCACCUCGGGUUGUCAUUACAAAGCUUUUAAUUUCAGGUUUGCAUCUGUACUCACAUGUGAUGAAAUAAUGAUUAAGACUUUUGAUUUAGGUACCCUGAAAGUACUAUCUUUGUCUUCUUAAAAUGCUGUGUUUAAGCCUGACGAUAUGGAUGUGAUCCCGUAAAAAACUAACAAAAUAACAUUGGCGCCAUCUUCUGGCCAAACUCUUGAACUCCAAAAGCUUUGCACUGCAUGCCAUGAGCAAGAGUUACACCUACUCAACUAGGCCCCAGCUAUGUAUUAUGUCCUCAUUAAACAUCAGCAUGUCAUUAAAGUCAUGUCAGUGAGUUACCAUUAUUGGUAUCUAGCUCAAAGGACCCCAAACUGAGGCUAGCAUGGUUGUAGAUUAGUCUUGUUUAACCCCGACAACAUCAGAGAUGCAUGAAUUUAAGGGAAAGUGGUUCAUGGGAAUGAUCAACGGAAAUAUGUGCUGUUACAUUAAAAGUUUGUGAAAAAAAAAAGAAUAAGAAAAUGUAACUAAAGUUUUGUAUUGCUAU